AUGAUUGUAAAAUUUCAUAAGAAAACAGAGAGAAUAAAAGGAUUGUCGUUUCACCCAUAGCAACCUUGGCUAUUAGUUGGAUUGCAUUCUGGAACAAUCCAAAUGAUUGACUAUAGAUUGGGAAGAGUAAAAUAUGCUUAAUAUUUACAAAAAGACAAUAGAAGAAUUUGUCGAACAUGAAGGUCCUGUAAGAUCAGUUUAGUUUCACCAAUCUUUGUGUCUGUUUGUAUCAGGCUCAGAUGAUUUUACUGUAAGAGUUUGGAAUUACAAAACUAAAAAAUGUUAAUUUGUAUUGCGUGGCCAUCUAGAUUUUGUGAGAUGCGUACAUUUUCAUCCAGAAUUGCCGUGGUGUGUCUCAGCUUCAGAUGAUUAGACGUCUAGAAUUUGGAAUUAUUAAUCAAGACAAAUGAUAGCCAUAGUAACAGGACACAGUCAUUAUGUGAUGCAUUGUGAAUUUCAUCCAACAAAAGACUUUCUAAUUACUUGUUCUUUAGAUUAGACUAUUAGAUUAUGGUCAAUUGCAUAAUUGAAGAAAAGAUUUACUUAGAAGAAUGUAAAAUAUUCAAAUAAAUUUAUAGGUCCAAAAUGAUCAACAAAAUGAAUUAGAAUUAAUAUAAAUUUUAGAAGGACACAAUCAAGGUGUGAAUUGGUGUACAUUCAGUCCUACUGAAAAUUUAAUACUGUCUGCAUCAGAUGAUAAGAAAAUAAAAGUUUGGAAAUUCUAUGAAUCAAGAGGCUAUGAAAUUGAUUCCUAUUAAGGUCAUAAUGUAAUUUAUCAUCUAUUAUCACUAUAGAAUAAUGUGAGUAGUGCUAUGUUUCACCCAUUUGGAGAUUACUUUAUAUCUAAUUCUGAAGAUAACACAAUCAGACUUUGGGAUAUGAAGAAGAAAAGUGAGAUAGACUGUUUUACAAAUUAUGAAUUGGAUAGAUAUUGGGUUAGUGCUGUUCAUUAGAAUAAUAAUUAUUUUGCAGGAGGAAGUGAUUCUGCCUUAUACAUAUUUACAUUAUUUAGGAAUAGACCUGCUAUUUAUUUGACAGACAAUAAGAAUUUGUUUGUUGGGUCCAAAAAACAAAUCAAAUUAAUAGAUCUAUAGACUAACUCAGAGAAAAUCAUAAAGAACUUCCAAGAAAUUACAUCUUUAAUAUCAGACAAUCUAUUAUAAGAUAAUAUUGAGUUUAUCUAAUAAAAUAUUUAUGAGACUAAUAAAAACUAACUCUUAGUUAGGUUGAAGUAGAGCUCCCAUAAUAAAUAGAGAGGAAUAUGCAAAUAUGUAAUUUUCGAAUGUUAAACUAACAUCAGCCAAAUAUUUCUGGGUAAGUCUGCAAUUUUCAUUGGAAAAUCUAAGAUCUUGAAAUCUAAAGAAAGUUCUGAAUUAGAAAUAUAUAAUUUUGAAGUCGAUUCUCAUACGGCUCUAGGGUUAAAAGCAGAUAAACUUUUUCCUUAUUUAGGAGGCAAGGCCAUUUUUUACACUGACUAAAUAAUAAAUGUAUUUGAUCCUGUGGCUAACCAACUCAUUCAUCAAAUUCCUUGCUCAAUAGAAUUUAAUAAUAUCAAACAAGUAUUAAACAACGACACAUAUGUGAUGAUUUAAACUAAGAAAUCUAUUUAUCUGUUUACAAAAUCAUUCUAAAGCGUCACUUAGAUUUCAGAGUCGAUCAAUAUUAAAUCUGUAUUAUUCUUAAGUAGAACCUAAAACAUUAUAAUAUAUUCAACCAAAGUUCACAUAAAAUAUUUAUUAAUAAAUGGAGAUUCUGGUAUAUUUGGAACUGUGGAGACUGUUCCAUAUCUUAUACAAUUACAACAACCAAUAGAUAAAUAGAGUGAAAAAUACAAAUUAUUUUACAUGAAUAAUGUUGGUAAAUUACUAAAUAUGAGUCUUGAUUGUUCUGAAAUGCUAUUUAAGUAGGCUUUGAUGGAUAAAAAUAUUAAUUAUAUACAGAAUUUCUUAAAGACACGUAAGAAAAUGGGUGACUUGAUUACAUCAUAUCUAUAUUAAAAGGGAUUUUCAAUGUUAGCUUAUUAAUUAGUCGAUGAUAAAAGAGCUAAAUUUUAACUUGCAUUGUCUUCUAAUAAUUUAGAACUUUCCUAUAGAACAUGUGAUGACUUAAAGAAUCCAAUUUGUUAUCAAUAACUAUCUGAAGAAGCCAUGAGAUAGGGUAAUCACAAUAUAGUUGAAGUUUGUUAAUAGAAAUUGAGAGCUUCUGACUAAUUGUCUUUUCUCUAUACUAUCACAGGCUAAAGCGAGAAGUUGAAUGUUUUAAGUAAAAUAGCCAAAGAAUAAAAUGAAUAUAAUACUAGAUUCUAAACAUUAUUACAUCUUGGUAAUAUUAGUUAAAGAAUUCAAUUCUUAUAAGAUUGCAAAUUGAGUCAUAUUGCAAAUCUAAGCAAAUUAGUGCAUGGAUUGCCAUAUGAUUAAAAUUUGGUAAAUGCUGAAGAUUUAGAAUGGGUAUAAUCAUUGCAACCGUAAACAUUAUAACCUCCUAUUUCAAUCAUAAAAUCUAAAUAACAUCCUCUAUUUUCUAUGAAUUGGCCUCAUAAUUUUGUUGACCAAGAUCAAUAAUACAAUCUGUUAAUGGAAGAAGAAGAUAAAGAUACCAAAGAAAAAAAUCAAAAGUAAUAAGAAAAAUCAUCAGGGAAUUAAAAUAAGUAAACUUAGAAUAAUUGUAAAAAUAGAUAGAAUGAAUAGAAAGUGGAUGACUAACAUAAAUAAGAUAAGGAAGAAAUAUUUGAAGAUUGUUAAUGGGAAAUAAAUGAAUAAGAACUUUUAGAAAUGUAAUUAAACUAAACAACUUUGGAUUUUAAGAGCUUACAAUACGGAUAUCCUGAUUAUAAAAAAGGUACUAUCUACUUAUAAUACAAUAGCUUUAUCACCUGUCGAAUAAGUAAUAACUGAGUAAUUUUAAUAAUGUUAAUAAACAUUAAAGUCAACAAAAAAUGUGACCAAUCUUAAUCUAUGUAAGGACUAUAUGAAAUAAUUGUGUUUGAGUUCAAUUAUGGAGAUAACUCAAAUACCUUUCUUAUAGGCUGCCCCAUAACUGCUAUCAUCUUUAUAAGAUAAAUAACAUUUCAAUAGAAAUUCUUAAACCCUACUCAAAUAAGGUUAUAAGCAAACUUCUGAUGGUAAAUUUCAAGAUGCAUUGAAUACUUUUAAAUCCUUAUUAAGACAAGCAUUAUUUUAUGAGAAAAACACAGAUAUUGUGCCCAUCUGUUUUAAUUACAUUAUGGCUAUGAAUUGUGAAUUAAAUAAAAAAGAUUAAAGUGUUUCUAGACAAAUCGAAUUAGCAUGCUAUAUGGCCAUGUGUGAUUUAUAACCAAUACAUCGUUCUUUGACUUUAAGAGCAGCCAUGAGUUUGGCUUACAAGCAGAAGAACCAUUUGACUGGAGCUUAGGUAGCUAGAUAUUUGUUAAAAUUAUUGGAAAAGGCUCCAUAAGGAUCAGCUUAUGCUAAACCUGAAGUUAUAGAAAACGUUAAGAAAGUAAUCAAUUUUAAUAGUCUAGAUUUUAAAAAAUUGUGAGUAAUAAUUAAGAAAUGAAUAUCAAAUUGAUUUCGAAGAGGAUUAUUUAAUUUAAGGUUGCAAGAUAAUAUUUGCAGAUACUUUGACAAUCAAUAAGGAAUAAAGCAAUCAUUAGUGUUAGUUUGAUUAAGCAAUCCAUUCUUAAAAAGGAAAACUUUGUAAAAUUUGUGAUUUGUGUUAUAUUAAUUGA